AUGGCGGAAGUUGCAGAAGAUACAAAACCUUUAAGAGAGUUGUUCUCACCCGUAACCACAAAUCCUCCUUCUUGUAUUGUGUUACCCACGACAAAUGCGACACAUUUUGAGCUGAAACAUCACAUAAUACAACUUCUUCCUCAAUUUCAUGGGAUUGAACGAGAGGAUCCAUACAUGCAUGUUAAAGACUUUCUUGAAAUUUGUGCUACCUUUAGGUUUCAAAAUUUUUCUGAGGAGUCUGUUAAAUUGCGCCUUUUUCCCUUUUCACUGAAAGACAAAGCAAAGGCAUGGUUAAAUUCUCUACCCUCUGGCUCAAUCACUUCAUGGGACAUCCUCGUUAAAAAGUUUCUUUCAAAAUUCUUUUCAAUGUCAAGAACAACUACUCUAAGGAGGGAGAUUACUGAUUUUUGUCAAGAAGAACAUGAAAAAUUUUAUGAGAGUUGGGAGAGAUUUAAAGAUCUUAUUUUAAAGUGCCCCCCUCAUGGUUUUGAAACAUGGAGACUAGUUCAAUUUUUUUAUAAUGGUUUAACUCAGUCUAACCGCAAUAUGCUUGAGUCAAUGAACGAGGGUGGUUUUCUAAAUCUUAGGGGCGAUGCAGCUUAUGAAUUUCUUGAAAAUUUGUCUGAGAGCUCUCAACAAUGGGAUUUUACUUCUCACAGAGACAAACAAUCUUCUACAUCUAAGAGAGGGGGAGUAUAUGAAGUGAAAGAGGAUUCUGAUAUGAGAAUAAAAUUGGAUAAUCUUACUCGAAAGGUUGAGGUUCUAGCUUUAAGUAGAACUAUGGAGUCAGCCAAUCAAGUUCAAAGUGAGGUGUGUUCUCUUUGCAGUAGUCAUGUGCAUACAACACAAACAUGUCCUUCCAUUAUUGGAUACUCUGACAGCUAUGUUGAACAAGCGAACGCGCUCAAUAAUUAUGGAAAAUCAUUUGCUAGUCCUUUUUCGGAAACAUACAACCAAAAUUGGCGAAAUCAUCCAAACUUUUCAUGGCGUUUUCGUCCUCCUACACAGUCAUAUCCUACUCAAUCUCAGCCUUUUUAUGCUCCAACUCCCGUGUCUCAACCGAACUUCCAAUCUGUUGCACCACAGCAACAAUCAUCCUUAGAGGACACCCUUAAAGCAAUCAUGGCUAAAAUUGAAAAAAAUGAUGCUAAAAUUGAAAAUUCAACUCACUUGCACGCUCAAGCCAUUGCUAAACUUGAAAAUCAAAUGGGUCAAUUAGCUAGUCAACUUGCAGAGAAAGAGAAAGGGAAGUUUCCGAGUCAAACUCUAGUGAAUCCAAAAGGGCAGUUUUCUAUAGGCACCACCUCUACUCCUUCAAACGAGCAACACCAUGUUCAAUCAAUCAUUACCCUUAGAUCUGGGAAAGAAGUUGAUAAUAAAGUUAGUAUGCCAACAGAGGAAUUAGCUGAAGCUGAAAAAGAAGAGAAUCAUGUUGAUCCUACUAAAGUUCAAGAGAACUUUGUCCCUAAAGCUCCUUAUCCUCAUCGACUAGUAGCUCCUAAGAAAGGCGCACAAUUUGGAGACAUUCUAGAAGUGUUUAAGCAAGUACAAAUCAAUAUUCCAUUUUUAGAUGCCAUUCAACAAGUGCCCUCGUACGCUAAAUUUUUGAAAGAUCUAGUCACUAUAAAAAGGAAGACAAAUGUUCCAAAGAAGGCAUUUUUAACUGAACAGGUUAGCUCCAUUAUCCAAUGCAAAAUUCCAAUAAAAUAUAAAGACCCUGGUUGUCCAACAAUUUCUUGCGUUAUAGGUAACCAUCAUAUCGAUCAGGCUUUGUUAGAUUUGGGGGCGAGUGUCAAUUUAUUACCUUACUCAGUGUACUCACAAUUAGGUUUAGGAGAGUUAAAACCCACACAAGUAACACUCCAAUUAGCUGAUAGAUCUGUCAAAAUUCCUAGAGGAGUCAUUGAGGAUGUUCUAAUUAAGGUUGACAAAUUCUAUUUUCCUGUGGACUUCAUAGUCCUUGACACUCAGCCUGUCCAACACUCUAAUGGGCAAAUUCCUGUUAUUUUAGGGCGUCCUUUCUUGGCCACAUCUAAUGCUUUAAUCAAUUGUAGAAAUGGCGUAAUGAAAUUAUCAUUUGGUAAUAUGACUGUGGAGCUAAAUAUUUUUAAUACAAGUAAGCAACCAUUAGAUGAAGAUGAGGUUAGUGCAGUUUGUAUGAUAGACACUUUGGUUGAAAAUACUUUUGUUCAGUCAAGUUAUGAGGAUCCCUUAGAAGCUUGCCUAGCACAUUUUGGGUGUGAAUUUGACAUAGAUGAAUCAAUUGAGCAGGUUAAUGCAUUAUUAGACAAUGCCCCGUUAAUGAGCAUCGAUGAAUGGCAACCAAAAGUGAACCCUCUUUCGCUGUCUACAUCACCAGCACUUCCAUCUAUAGUGGAGCCACCUAAGUUAGAACUCAAACCUUUGCCAAACACUCUUAAAUACAAAUUCCUUGGCCUUUAUGAGUCUUUACCAGUAAUCAUAGCUUCUGAUUUAGAUGAUACACAAGAACAAAAAUUGUUGAAUGUCCUAAAAGAGCACAAGGAAGCAAUAGGGUGGUCCAUAAAUGAUAUCAAGGGAGUUAGUCCUUCAUUGGUCAUGCAUAGAAUCCAUUUAGAGGAAAAUGCUAAAACUUCACGUGAGCCACAAAGGCGUCUAAAUCCUGCAAUGCAAGAAGUAGUUAGAGCAGAAAUUCUUAAGCUUUUAGAUGCUGGCAUUAUUUAUCCAAUAUCUGAUAGCAGUUGGGUGAGUCCUGUUCAAGUUGUUCCUAAGAAAUCGGGUGUGACGGUAGUAAAAAACGAAGACAAUGAAUUAGUUCCAACUCGUGUUCAAACAGGAUGGCGUAUUGAAGUGGAUAAAGCUAAAAUUGAUUUGAUAUCUAACCUUCCACCCCCACGUACUGUAAAGGAGAUUAGAUCAUUUUUGGGUCAUGCGGGCUUUUAUAGGAGGUUCAUUAAAGACUUUAGUAAAAUUGCUAAACCUCUAUGUAAUUUGUUGGCCAAAGAUGCUCCCUUUGUGUUCAACAAGGAGUGCUUUCAUGCUUUUGAGAGAUUAAAAAGUGAGCUGACCUCCGCCCCUAUAAUUCGACCUCCCGAUUGGAAUGUCCCUUUUGAAAUUAUGUGUGAUGCCUCCGAUUACGCAGUAGGUGCUGUUUUAGGACAACGUGUCGAUAAGCUUCCUCAUGUAAUUUAUUAUGCUAGUAAAACUUUAAACGAUGCACAACUCAACUAUUCCACAACAGAAAAGGAGUUACUAGCAGUUGUUUUUGCACUUGAUAAGUUUAGAGCUUAUUUAUUGGGUUCUAAGGUCGUAGUCUAUUCGGAUCAUGCUGCAUUGAAGUAUCUGUUGUCUAAAAAAGAUGCUAAAUCUAGAUUAAUUCGAUGGAUUUUGUUACUGCAAGAAUUUGACAUUGAGAUUCGAGAUAAAAAAGGCUCUGAGAAUGUGGUAGCUGACCAUCUGUCUAGAUUAAUUGUAGAGUUCACCGAGGAUUCAUUGCCCAUCUCUGAAACUUUUCCUGAUGAACAAUUGAUGCAUGUGUCUCAAUUAUCUUCACCGUGGUUUGCAGAUAUUGUAAAUUAUCUUGUAACUGGAGAGAUACCUUUGCAUUGGCCCAAACAUGAUAAAUCUAAAUUUUUAUCCAAGGUUAAGUAUUUCUUCUGGGAUGAUCCAUACUUGUUUAAAUAUUGCCCUGAUCAGAUUAUUAGAAGGUGCAUUCCUGAAAGUGACCAACGAAGUGUCAUUUCUUUUUGUCAUGAUUAUGCAUGUGGAGGCCAUUUUAGUGCUAAAAAGACGGCUGCAAAAAUUUUGCAGUGUGGAUUUUAUUGGCCUUCUAUUUUUCAAGAUUCGCAUGCAUACUGUAUAGCUUGUGAGCGUUGUCAAAAGUUAGGUCGUAUUACAAGGAGAAAUAUGAUGCCUCUUAACCCAAUUCUGAUUGUAGAGAUAUUUGAUGUAUGGGGCAUUGAUUUUAUGGGUCCAUUCCCUAAUUCCUUUGGUAAUUUAUAUAUCCUUGUCGCUGUUGAUUAUGUUUCUAAGUGGAUUGAAGCCAUUGCAUGUAAAACUAAUGAUCACAAAGUGGUGGUCCAGUUUUUGAAAGAUAAUGUGUUUGCUCGUUUUGGGACACCACGUGCUAUUAUUAGCGAUGGCGGUAAGCAUUUUUGCAAUCGAGUAUUUGAGCAUUUAAUGAAAAAAUAUAUCAUAACGCAUAAAGUUGCAACUGCUUAUCACCCCCAGACCAGUGGUCAAGUUGAGAUAUCUAAUAGGGAGAUUAAAAAUAUACUUGAAAAAACAGUGAACCCUAAUAGGAAAGAUUGGUCUUUACGCCUUAAUGAUGCAUUAUGGGCUUACCGUACGGCAUUUAAAACUCCCAUUGGAAUGUCUCCUUACCGACUUGUCUAUGGCAAGGCAUGUCACUUACCUGUAGAACUAGAACACAAGGCAUAUUGGGCUACCAAAAAACUCAAUUUUGAUCUUGACAAGGCAGGUGUUCGUAGAAAGCUUCAACUUCUUGAGCUAGAGGAAAUUCGGGAUGAUGCUUAUGACUGUGCCAAAUCAUACAAGGAGCGUAUGAAAAGGAUUCAUGAUCAAAACAUUUUAAGAAAAUCUUUCACUUCUGGUCAAAAAGUCUUUCUUUAUAAUUCUCGUUUGCAUUUAUUCCCAGGCAAACUUCGUUCUCGAUUGUCCGGCCCUUUUAUCGUUCGCACUAGCUAUCCGCAUGGGGCAGUUGAAAUUGAGAAUCCUAAAGAUGGUUCCGUGUCUAAAGUGAACGGGCAGCGAUUGAAACCGUUUAUAGAAUUGAUAAGUCCGGAAGUAGAGGAAAUCCUUUUGGAGGAUCCUGUUUAUCAAGAUUGA